ACCCUGUCAUUCAAGGAUGUGGCUGUGGACUUCACCUGGGAGGAGUGGCAGCUCCUGGCCCCUGCUCAGAAGGACCUGUACCGGCACGUGAUGUUGGAGAACUACAGCAAUCUGGUGUCACUGGGGUAUCAAGCCAGCAAACCAGAUGCACUCUCCAGGUUGGAACGAGGGGAAGAACCGUGGACAAUAGAAGAUGAAAUCCAUAGCCGAACCUGUCCAGAAACUGGCAAAGUUGAUAAUCAUCUGCAGGGUUGCUGGGAAAGUCAAAGAAUGCUGAAAGGUAUGGAACAACACCACAAAGACAAUGCAUUUGGAAAUAUUGUUCCUCAAAGCAAAAGUCAUUUUCCUGUCAGGCAAAAUCAUAGGUUCAAGUUCUAUAUAAAAACUUUGAAAUCAAAUUUAAGUUUAGUCAACCAGAGCAAAAGCUAUGAAAUGAAGAACUCUAUUAAAUUUAAUGGAGAUGGGAUCUUAUUUCUUCCUGGAAAGCAUGAAGAUUUUCAUUCUCCAGUUAAAUUCCCUGUAAGUGCAAAACCCAUUAGCAAUAAGUCCCAAGUCAUUAAGCAUCAGAGAACUCAUGAAAUACAGAAAGCUAAUGUAUGCAGUGAAUGUGGGAAAGCCUUCUUUAAGAAGUCUCAGCUCACUGAUCAUCAGAGAGUUCAUACAGGAGAGAAACCUUACGGAUGCAAUCUGUGUGCGAAAGUAUUCUCCAGAAAGUCCAGGCUCAACGAACAUCAGAGAAUUCAUAAAAGAGAGAAAUCCCUUAUAUGCAGUGAUUGUGGAAAAGUCUUCACCAUGAAGAGCCGUCUGAUUGAACACCAGCGAACUCACACUGGAGAGAAACCCUAUGUAUGCAGUGAAUGUGGAAAAGGCUUCCCAGGGAAGCGUAAUCUCAUUGUACACCAGCGAAAUCAUACUGGAGAGAAAUGCUAUGUGUGUAGUGACUGUGGAAAAGGCUUCACUGGGAAGAGCAUGCUCAUCAUACAUCAGCGAACUCAUACAGGAGAGAAACCCUACAUCUGCAGUGAAUGUGGGAAAGGCUUCACCACAAAGCACUAUGUCAUCAUACAUCAGCGAAAUCAUACAGGAGAGAAACCGUAUAUAUGCAGUGAAUGUGGGAAGGGUUUCACCAUGAAGAGUCGCCUGACUGAACAUCAGCGAACUCAUACAGGAGAGAAACCCUAUGUAUGCAGUGAAUGUGGAAAAGGCUUUCCCAGGAAGAGCAAUCUCAUUGUACAUCAGAGAAAUCAUACAGUAGACAAAUCCUACGUAUGUAGUGAAUGUGGAAAAGGCUUCACUGUGAAGAGCAUGCUCAUCAUACAUCAGCGAACUCAUACUGGAGAGAAACCCUACAUCUGCAGUGAAUGUGGGAAAGGCUUCCCCUUGAAGAGUCGGCUGGUUGUACAUCAGCGAACGCAUACUGGAGAGAAACCUUACAGAUGCAGUGAAUGUGGGAAAGGUUUCAUCGUGAAUAGUGGACUGAUGUUACAUCAGCGAACUCACACUGGAGAGAAACCCUAUAUAUGCAAGAAAUGCGGGAAAGGUUUUGCCUUUAAGAGCAAUCUUGUGGUACAUCAACGAACUCAUACUGGAGAGAAGCCCUUUAUGUGCAGUGAAUGUGGGAAAGGCUUCACCAUGAAACGCUAUCUCAUCGUACAUCAGCAAAUUCAUACAGAAGAGAAAUCCUAUAUAUGCAGUGAAUGUGGAAAAGGCUUUGCCAUGGAAAAUGAGCUCAUUUUACAUCAGCAGAUUCAUACUGGAGAGAAACCUUAUGCAUGCAAUGAAUGUGGUAAAGGCUUCACUGUGAAAAGCCGUCUAAUCGUUCAUCAGCGAACUCAUACAGGAGAGAAACCUUUUAUAUGCAGCGAAUGUGGAAAAGGCUUCUCCUCAAAGAGAAAUCUCCUUGUACAUCAGAGAACUCAUAAUGGAAACAAACCCUAACCAUGCAAUGAAUAUGGUUACACCUUCAGGAAGAAAAUACACCUUGUGUAACACCAGAGAUUUCACAGAGGAUAGACUUCCUUUAUAUGUACUGACUGUGGAAAAUCCUGUUCCUACAGUAUUGGUCUCAUUACCCAGCAGGGAAUUUACCCAGGAGACAAAUGGUAUGUAUGUAAUCAAUGUGAAAAAGACUUCAACGUGAAUUCAGCACCCAUCAAAGAACUUACUAAAGAGAGAGACCCUAUGGAUUCAGCGAUUGGAGGUAACCUUUCUCUCAUUUGUUAAGCCUUGAUAAAAAUAUGACAAUACAUAUGAGAAAUGUAUAAAUCAAGGUACAUAAUCCAUUGCAGAGAAUCUGAACUCAUUCCAUACAAGUGAACUCUUGCAGGGGACAAACCAUGAUGGUUCAGUGAACUCAUUAAACAUCAGUAUGCUCCUAGCCUACUUGAAUAUGGUCAGUGUAGAUUAGCCUGUUGCUAGAUUUUUCACCCUUGGGAAAUUAUGGAAUUUGCAUAGGAGUGAAAUUUAUUGAAUGCAGAGAAUGUGCUAGUGCCUUCAGUGAUCAAUUACCUCAUGUUGUAUGUUAAAAUUUACGUAGAGAAAAACUGAAACAUUCAAUGCAGAAAAGGCUUGAAGAAACAUUUCUAGGUAAUUAGAUGUCUGAAAAGUAUAUACUAGGAUAAAUCUUAUGAAGGGAGAGAGCAGGAAAGCCUUCUAUGGAAAUAAAGAGCCUAUCUCAUCAGUGAUCCUAAGACAUCACCAGUGAGCUCAUACACAGUAGAUGAUCAUGGGAAAGCCUUUGCCUAGAAAUAAAACCCCAAUAGUUGCCUGAUAUUCAUGCUAGAGAAACAUUUUCAGAUGGCAAUCAAUAUGCCAGGAAUUCAGUGAUACAUUCUGUCUCAUCAUUUCUCAUGAAUUCAUACAGAAAUAAAACUGUAUGAACAUACUCAAUGUGGCAUAACUUCAGCAAAAUAGCAUAGAAUUCUGAAGGA